AUGUUAAAAUUAUUAGCUCCAAAGAAAUUCUUGUGCCGAUAUCCCCUUAGCUUGGGCGCGACUUUUGGGGGUAUUACCUUGAUAUGCGUAACAGCAAGUUGUGGUCUUGCUCUAUUCAUAGAAGUGAUGACGAUAAAAGACUGUGAUGUGUGCUCGCCCUAUGUCUGGAGGAACGCGUAUAGCUUCAGCGUCACCGGAAUUAUAUACUCUAUAUUCAUGCUAUGCGUGCAUAGUUGGUACAUUUGGGGCAUACGCGAGGAAAAAUCAUUGGUUGUUCUGUCCUGGGUUGUGGUGACUGCUAUGUGGCUAGGACAAACAUUUGUUCUUCUCAUUGUUCUCAUUUGUAUGUACAGUUCAAGAGUAAAGUUUGUGUCGUGGCUUUUGUCGUUUAUAUUUGGAAUAAUUGCUAUGAUUAUUCUACUGUACAUUGUACUAGUUGGUUGUGGGUUUUGGUUGGAGCUUAAAGGAAGAGAAAAAGUUACUACUAUCAAUAUACAAACUUAG